AAUGAAGUUGCCCUGUGUAAUGGAAACGUCGCCAUCUAUCAACGUACGAGUUAAGAUAAAUUCACGCGCAUGCGCAGUUUAUAGCUUUGGGUUGUUUUCGUUUUGAAAAUCAAAAUAAAUUGUUUACUUUUGCAACUUAAUUAAGUUUUAAGUCUAAUUAAACGAUUAAAACUUAAAUUCAUGAUGGGUGAUUCUUUAAAUAGUGAUAAAGUUAUUUUCGGUCAGAUUGUCGUAGGUCCACCUGGCUCAGGGAAAACAACCUAUUGUUCAACGAUUCAUAAGUUUCUUAAUAAACUUGGCCGUAAGACUUUCAUUGUAAAUUUAGAUCCAGGUAAUGAUGUAUCACUUCCAUACAAGCCUGACAUUGAUGUUACCCAAUUGAUUUCUCUGGAACAAUCAAUGAAAGAAUGUAACUUGGGACCAAAUGGAGGUUUAAUUUAUUGUAUUGAGUAUUUGGAGACUAAUUUAGAUUGGUUAAUUGAUCGGAUUCGUCAAAUUUGCUUCAAUGAUUCCGAUGGAAAUACAAGUGAUAAACCAUCUUAUCCAUAUCUCAUAUUUGAUUCUCCAGGUCAAGUUGAACUUUAUGUUCACAAUAAGAGCCUAAAAAAUAUAAUCACCAAUUUAACAAGACGAAUUGUUAAUGGUUUUGAUUUAAGAUUAACUUCUGUUAAUUUGGUUGAUUCUUAUUAUGCCAACGAUCCUGGUAAAUUCAUCUCAGCUCUUCUUAAUUCAUUGGCGACCAUGUUACACUUGGAGUUACCUCAUGUUAAUAUUUUAUCCAAAGUUGAUUUAAUUGAGAAAUUUGGACCAAUACGAUUUAAUAUUGACUAUUAUUGUGAAGUUAUGGAUCUGAAAUAUUUAAUUGAUCAAAUGAUUGAUGAUCCAUUUUUAGAGAAACACAAGAAACUUAGCCAAUCAAUUGCCGAUGUUAUCGAAAGUUAUGGUCUGGUAUCAUUUGUACCUCUCGACAUUAACGAUCCGAAAACAAUGGUCAAAGUGAUGAGGCUAAUUGACAAAGCCAAUGGUCAUUUUCUGAUGGACAUUGAAACAGAGGAAAAGGUACAAGAAAUUUACGAAUCAACUCAAAAAGCGGAAUUUGAUUAUGCCAAAUACAUGACAAUUCGUGAGAGAUUAAUCAAUUCAGAAGAUAUUGGCAAUUCUUCUUGAAAACUUAAUCCAUAUUCAA